AUGUCACCAAUAAAAAAACAAAAACUACAGGAUGUUCGCAGUUUUUUACCAUCUUGGACAAUUGAUUACGGCUUUAUUAAACAUGGAGAUAAGAGUCGUUGUGGUCUGGAAAUUUCUGAAAAAAAUAUUGCCGAAAGAAGAGAAUUAAUAUCACAACGAUUAAAAGAUGUUGAAAAACAAUCAAAUUUGUUUUCAAGAUUUGUGAAAACUCCUAAUAAUAUAACAGAAGCGAGUUUUGAAAUUUCUUAUUUGAUUGCUAAACACUCGAAACCAUUUUCUGACGGAACGUUUAUAAAAACACUUGUGUUAAAAGCUGCUUCCAGUUUGUUCCAAGAUUUCAAUAAUAAGGAAAAAAUUCUCCAAAAAAUACAAGAAUUACAGAUGAGUAGAAAUACUAUUAAACAAAGAAUUUUAAAAAUGAGCAUUAAUAUUUCCGAACAACUUCAAACCGAUAUUAAUAGUUGCGAUUUCUUCUCAAUUUGUUUGGAUGAAACAACUGACAUAAACUCGUCUGCCCGAUUAGCAAUUUUUGCACGUUAUUCAAAAGGGAAUGAAAUACGCGAGGAGCUGUUGAAAUUAGCAAAUAUACCGGAAAGAACAAGAGGUGCAGAUAUUUCACCUAAUAUGACUGGUCCGGCAACAGGGUUUGUUAAUUUAUUUCAAGAACAUGUUGGACAUCCGAUUAUAAGAUUUCAUUGCAUCAUUCACCAGCAAAUGCUUUGUGCAAAAGUAGGUACUAGCGAUUUAAAAGAAGUUUCAGAAAAAGUUAAUAAAAUUAUAAACUUUAUUGUUGCACGUGAUAUGCACAAAAGACAAUUUAAAAAACUUUUAAAUGAUGUCGAUUGUGGAUAUGACACUCUUUUAAUGUGCAAUAACCAACAGUUUGCACAAAGAUUUCUCGAUUUUAAAAGGAUCGAAAAUAUUUUAAAAAUUAUUAAUUACCCAGAUUUAUUUGAUAUGCAAGAUUGUGACAAUAACCUCCUUAUUUGGAUGCGAUUAGAUAAUUUAGAAAUGCAAAUUAUUGAUCUGCAAUCCAAUCCAAUUUGGGUAAAUAAAUUUGUGAAUAUGCGGAAGCUUGUUGAAGAUUUAGAAAGCCAUCGAUCCCAAAAUGUGGAAUCAGAAUGUUUCAUGGAAAGUAAAAUUUUAGAAGCUUGGAAUAGUAUGCCAGAUACCUUUUAUUCUGUCAAAAAAUUAGCAAUCUCGUUGUUAACGAUUUUCUCUUCCACUUACUCUUGCGAAAGUCUUUUUUCCGUUUUGAAUCAUGUACAUUCAAAGACUAGAAACAGAUUAACAGAGGAAGAUUCGGCAGCAUGUAUUACUCUGCAGUCAACAAUGUACCAGCCCGACAUAAAAACUCUUGCAAUUCAACCUCAGUUCUCAAGCGAAGCGAUACAGUCAACUAUAGGAUGGCUGACUGCAAAACGUGUAAAAAGAAUUAGUGGUGAUAACGGCAUUCGGUGUGUGCAACAAAAUAUACCACAUAUCGAUGAAAUAUGCCGGGUUGGACAAGUUUCAAAGUAA